AAAAAAGGGGUAAAUUGAUCCUCUUUUUGUAAUCAGUCAGUUUUCUGAAUCACAGUUCUUGGGAAACAUGGCUGCUGAGAGAUCUGGGAUUGCCGAAGAUGACACUGAAGAUUGCUAUAUGGAGUGGAACCAGUUGAAAGUCCUGUUCUCUCUGGAGGCAAGCCUGGUCCACAUAAGAUCCAAGGAAUUUGUGCUGGUUUUAUCCCUGGUGUUUUGGAAGUCAGUCUUAUUGAUGAAGUUGUUCAGAUAUCAAGUGAUAGCAAUUGAAACUGCAAAGCUUCUUGCACUGAAGGAAGGCUUCCUUGUGGGAAUAUCAUCUGGUGCUGCUGCAGCAGCUGCUAUUAAAAUUGCCAAGAGACCUGAAAAUGCUGGAAAACUUAUUGUUGUGAUUUUCCCAAGCUUUGGAGAAAGGUAUCUGUCGUCAGUGCUCUUUGAAUCGGUCAGGAAAGAGGCCGAAAACAUGACCUUUGAGCCAUGAGCUAAUUUUCUUCUUUGCAAGUAGUUCUGGUUUUAUAGACAACAUGGUUUAGAUCUGAGAAUGAAUAAAUUUAUUGAGUGACUUUGAUCUGUAGCUCAAGUUCGGAAUUUACUUAUGGGAUAGCCAUUCUGGUACUGAAAAUGAACCAUUUACAAAUUUUCAAGGAUCUGUACUUUUUGUGUCAAUGUGUGCAAAUCAAUUCGCCAAUUUUUAUUUGAAACAUUUACAUACUUCCAACACCUAGCUAUUCCUAAACAUAGCUUUAUUAGUUGGCUAGCCAUUCUCAACCGGGUAACCAGAAGAGCUAGGCAAAAGCAAUGGACGCCUACAAUUGCUGAAACUUGCAUCUUGUGCAAUAGUAGUUCAGAGACAAAUGAACACUUGUUUUUUAAGUGCAAUUUUACCAGUAAUAUAUGGCAGUAGGUUUGUUCUAUAACUGGUAUACCUUUUACUAAUUCUUGGCAAAACCUAAUGCAUUGGCUGGGUAAGAAGAUUCUACCAUGUGUGGAUGGAGAGGAAUAGGAGGUUUCACCAGUAGGUUUUCAAGUCAGAGGGUGCAGUUAUUCAUGAUAUCCAGAUUGAUGUAAGAAGCAAAAUUCUAAGUUUUGUCAGCCAAAAUCCUUGCUA